GUAAAUGGGAUGAAAGCUCAAGUCGGGUCAGCAGGUCGAACAUUCAAAGCUUCUUAACUGUAGCAGGUGGAAGAAGGAAGAGCUAGAGGAGGAGGAGGAGGAGGAAGCACCCUGGACUCGGAGUGUGGAAAGAUCUCAGGGGUUUUAUCAUUUUCCUGUGCCACAUUUACUUACUCGUUUUCCCGCUGUGUCUUCAUGAUGGACACAUGGCCAGUGUAAAGAAAGCGUCACCAAACAGGGAAAGGCUGUUCCGUACGCACAGAACAAGUGCGCAAAUGUCUGCUAUGAGAAUGGACAGAGACCGAAAGAGUUGGCACUCCUGGGAGAGAUCGAGUACGGACAGGAGGAGUGCUGGUAGGGCGAUGAUAAGGGCUGUUGAGCGCGGACAGCACUGGAGCGUGGUUUUCCUGCUCUCGCUCGCGCUGCAGCCGCAGGUUGUGUGUGCGGUGGGCACAUUUGAGGUGCAAAUUCGACAAUGGCUAAACCCUCUGGGCUUUCUACAGAGUGGUCAGUGCUGUGACCCCCAGGCCAGUGGGAGGCAGCGCUGCUCAUCAGCUGAUCAGUGUGACACCUUCUUCAAGGCCUGUCUGAAGGAGUACCAGGCUCGGGUUGCACCAAUCGGCACCUGUACAUAUGGCACUGGCAUCACAUCUGUCCUGGGUAGCAACUCCCACACCUUACAUCACCAUGGAAACGAGGGAAGCGACAGCAGAAAUGGACGAAUUGUUAUUCCAUUUAAAUAUGCAUGGCCAAAAUCGUUUUCUCUGGUGAUCGAGGCUCUGGACCAUGACAAUGAAACAUCAGAGGCAGGUAGGGAGGAAUUAAUAGAGCGCGUGCUGCUGUCCUCCAUGCUGAAUCCAGGUGAGCAGUGGCAGUCCUUCCGCCAUCACGGCCGCACUUUCACUCUGGAAUACCGCCUGCGAUUCCGCUGCGAUACCAAUUACUACGGCCCACUCUGCAACAAAUUCUGCCGAGCACGAGAUGACUUUUUUGGCCAUUUCAACUGUGACCCUUCCGGUAUUAAGGUGUGUAAGGAGGGCUGGACUGGAGCAGAGUGCAGACAAGCGGUGUGUAAGCAGGGAUGUCACAUGGACCAUGGCUCCUGCGAUCUGCCCGGAGAGUGCAAAUGUAAUUAUGGCUGGAAGGGUGGUCUGUGCGAUGAGUGCGAGACGUUUCCUGGGUGUGAUCAUGGCACUUGCACUGAACCCUGGAAGUGUGUGUGUGACACAAAUUGGGGCGGCCUGCUCUGUGACAAAGAUCUGAAUUAUUGUGGUAACCAUCACCCAUGCAAGAACGGUGGUACUUGUACCAACACUGAACCCAAUGAGUACCUGUGUGUGUGCAAGGAGGGUUUCCGUGGCCGCAAUUGUGACAUCGUGGAGCACGCCUGUCUCUCCUCUCCAUGUGAGAAUGGUGGAACGUGUGUUGAAAACCCAACAGGCUUCAGCUGCGUGUGUGCGCAGGGCUGGACGGGACCCUCCUGUGCCUCUGUGGUGUUGCAGUGUGACUCCAAUCCCUGUGGGCGUGGGGCCACGUGUCAAGAGACGCCUCAAGGUUUCCAGUGUCUGUGUCCUCCGUUCUGGACUGGCAGAACCUGCCAGCUCGACACUAAUGAAUGUGAGACUGGCCUGUGUGUCAAUGCCCGUUCCUGCCGUAAUCUGAUUGGAGGAUAUUUGUGUGACUGCCUUCCCGGUUGGUCGGGACCAAACUGUGACAUCCGGAACAGUAGCUGCCAGGGCUUGUGUCUGAAUGGAGGACACUGUAAGGACUCUCAGUGUGUGUGUUUGCCGGGGUUCUCUGGUAAACUGUGCCAGACAGCAGUAAACGCCUGUGACAGCAACCCUUGUGUAAAUGGAGGGCAGUGUGUGGAGCGUCAGGGUGACAGAGGCAUGUUCUGCAGCUGCCCGCUGGGAUACACUGGCACCUACUGUGAGGUGGAACUGGAUCUUUGUAAUCCCAACCCCUGCCCGAAGGGGGUACCAUGCCGUAGUACAGAAGAAGGCUACAAGUGCACCUGUCCUGAGGGUUACUUUGGAAAUGAGUGCCUGAGCCUGAAGAAUCCAUGUCAUGAACUCCAUUGCCAAGGUGCAGUGUCAGACCCAGGUGGAGGUGGGUUCAGUAUUUAUAUGGUGUUGGUGGGUGUAUUUGCCCUGCUUGUGGCAGGCAGCUGCUCUGUGUGCGCACUACUGCUGUCCCGCCUGCACCGCCGCCACCGGACCAAAGCGCAGCUACGUACUUCAGCGCCUGAGGACAACGCCAUUAACAACCAGCGGCAGUUCUGCACUCUCAUCCGUAACCUCGACCACAGCAUGGCCCUGCUGCCUCCUGCCCAAACAGUGCCCACCUCUGUGCCCACUGUGCCCAUGCCAGUGCUCUGCAGUGAAGAUAUUGAACUUACACUUUCUCCCUCAGCUGUGCCCUCUCCAGCCCUAAAACCAGCCCACGGGCCCAAGCUGGACAUUUGCAACCGCGAACGGGAGAAACUAAACCGUUUCCACUAUGCAGAGAACCAGGAACUGGAGGUGUGACCGCACUUUGACCACUGGGAAGGAUUCUGACUUCUUCUUUCUAAUCAACCUCUGCUGGUGAACCUUGACCUCUGAGCUUUGCAUUACAGAGAGGGUUCAAACUUGGAAGGGAAUUAUUGGCACAGUCACAGGCUGAAGAAAUUGUACGGACAGACAGGGUCCAAAAUUUUAACACACUUGUCAAUGGUGGGUAAACUCAGACAUAAAAAAUAUGACAUCACAAAAUUCUGGUCAUUAAUCAUAAUUUCCAAAUAAGUUAUGGACUUAUUUAGUAGACUGUUUGAUUUUUAAUCACUCACGUGAUUUACAUCAGUGAGGAUGAGAUUAUCAUUUGUAUAAUUCAAUUUAAAACAUUCAUUUCAACAUUCACUUUAUUUACCCCAAAGCCAUUUUAUGCACAUUUUGCACUUGGCGAGUGUUCAUUUCGGACCCUGUCUGGUUAACAGCAAGUGUUUUUAAGGCCAGCAAUUCAACUUCUUGGAAUCCUGGAUACUUAAGUGUAUUUUAUCGUGUUUACACCUACAUGUUUUGUACACAUUUGUUUGAUUGUAAGUGUGCGUGUGUUUAUGAGCGUGUAAGUGUAUAUGUAUGACUGUUUGUGGACGGUUUGCCAUACAUUUCCACAAAGCCAUGCACAUUAUCGCAACUCCCUGAAUUUUUGAUACUUGUGUAAAAACAGUGUAGUUGUGUCCGUGAUUGACAUUUGAAGGAAUUAUGGAGAAAGAUAGCAGCGGCGUCUGAAAAAGUGCCAGGUGACAUCCUUAAAAUCUCGCUAAUUAUUGCCUGUCAUGUUGGAGAUGUACAAGAUUUUUAUCUUGGAUGUAUAUAGCACCAUUGUACAUAUUUUGUACAUAUCAAUUUUCACCAUUUUUGUAUGCUGACUCCUUGCAAAAAUCGCCAUUUUAAUUUCCUGUUUUCACUCUUUCCACUCAAGAUGGUAUUUGCCGCAAGAUCGAAUUGUAGGCUAAUUAAAGUGCUUUUAUCAACCAAAGCAUGUGUUUCUGUGCGUGUAUGUGCAAUUGGUAUAUCGGGGUGUGUGUGUGUUUGGUAAUCUUGUUCUGUAUUACUGACGCUUAUUGUCUAAUUGCCAUUUGGUAAGCUGUGUGAAGUCAAUAAAAGGAAACUUGU